GUUAUAAGGUGAGGGAAGCUCAAAAUAGCAGUGCACAUACACUGGACUGUACCUUGUUAUUUCUCAGUGGCUGGUUAGCAGUGCAGACAGAACCAUGAGUUGUUUCACGUGUAUCAAGGUGUUGAUGAUCUUGUUCAACCUGGCCAUCUUUCUGGCUGGGGGAACGCUGCUCGGAGUCGGAAUCUGGGUCAGCGUGGACAGUGUUUCCUUCUUAAAAAUAUUUGGAACUUUGCCAGAUAAUAUUGCAUCUCAGUUUGUCAACGUUGGGUACUUCCUUAUAGCCAUUGGGGCACUGCUGGUGAUAUUGGGAUUCCUCGGAUGCUGUGGCGCACAGAAAGAGAGCAAGUGCCUCCUGAUCACGUUCUUCUCCAUUGUCCUAAUAAUUUUUAUUGCGGAGGUCGCUGGUGCUGUGGUCGCUCUGGUUUAUUCCUCUGUGGCAGAGAGCUUCUUACAGUCCGUUCUGACUCCGGUAAUAAAACAACAAUAUGGAUCGAAUAAGGAUGUGACAAACUCUUGGAACACCCUGAUGACCGAUUUAAAGUGUUGUGGUCUGAAUAAUUACACGGACUUCAAUGAUUCCCCAUAUAUGAAGAAUGGAACGUAUCCAACACAAUGCUGUAGCAGCAACUCCACGUCCUGUACUAUGGCUUUUGCAUCGUCGAGUAACAUAAGCGGCUGUUUUAACCAAAUCCUGCACCUGGUUAAGUCCAAUGCGGCCAUAGUGGGUGGCGUGGCGGCCGGUAUAUGCGCAUUGGAGUUGGCGGCGAUGGUCGUGUCUAUGUACCUCUACUGCAGAAUAGACAAGAAUGGGUCCAUUGACUAAUGGCCUGAAGCCUGUGCAAAGCAACAUUCCUGUAUAUUGUGUAAAUGACAUUUCAAGACAAGGAGCAGCAUCUGUGCAAUAUGACUACAGCUGGCCUGACUGACUAAUAAUUGCACUUUAAUAGUGGAACUGGUUCUGGAAUAUUAGAGAACACUGUCCUGUAGGAUAGACACUUGCAUCUGGAAUAUCUCCAUCGGGUCUUAAAGAAGUUCUUCUGGUAUAGGUUUGGUGCCCAGAUUUAAUCUAGUGUCCCUUUAACCCUAUUAAUUCCCCACAGCUGAUCAUUAGUGAUGGGACAUUCUGAAUCCAGAACCCAAACACCACAGACGUGUAUUCUAGAGCGAUUGCCUCUUGUAUGACUGCAUUGUCGCUGCUGUCUCCUUGUAGCUCGGUUCUAGUGCCAAAAUGCCAUAAACUCUAAAUGUUACUUAUUUAACCCAUCCCUGAUUGUCAUUUCUGUGUAAUAUAGUUAAUAUGAAGGAUUGUGAAAUAAAGCUGGUCUUUUAAUUUC